UCUUUUUAUUUGUGUCAGCGACUGAGAUGGACAUCUGAAAAUUCCUAAACUCUGAUCAAUUGUAAAAAGUGAAGCAGAAAUAAACAUGCUGAACAAGACAGAUUUAGGGAGAUUGAAAUAACUCCAAUUCCUUUUGCUUUACUUUUUUUCCUAGACUCCUAAACAAACACCCAUGAGAGUGAAGAAUGAGAAUGGAAGUGAUUCUCUGGUUACACAUUCCCAUUGUUUCACUGUAAAAUUCACUCCAACAGAACGUACAGAGUACACCAUCGACUGUGAUCAACCGCGUACAGUCCUGGACGCAAUUAGAUCCAGUCUUGAGACAACCGAGAAGAUGAUGAAGUACGCAGAUGAGAGCAUUAUCAUUCAGUUGGGUAAACAGGACAAGGAAUCUGUGGUUCCGACACAUUUCCCUUGUUCUUGUAUUGAUGAUGGGGAGAUGGUGAUUUUACAUCACCAUAUAUCAGAAAAGACUGAAAAAGUUCAGGAGCAGCAUGACAAAACCAUACAUCCAAAAGAAAAUUAUUCUGUCUUCUACAUUGACACCGUUGGGGGUCUGAAAACCAAAACAAAGGAGCUUUUCAGAAGCAAAAUCAUCAAACAGUACAAGUUUCUCUGCAUUUAUGGGGAAAAGGGGAUGACAGUGGAGGAGGCUGUGAAGCAAGAUGGCCGAUUCCUUGACAAUCUUGGAGAAUUCAAGUUGUCUGAUAAUGAAAACCCCGACCGCCUCACUGUGCACACACAGAAGGUUGAUAGCCUCCACCAUAAGGCGUUCAAGAUACGUCUUCCGCUGAAUAAAGGGAAAAAUGUUGAAAACCCAACAACCUCCAUCUUAGAUGUUGCUCGUGUCAGUGGGAAAAGUGUUAAAAAAGCAAUGGAAGAGCCAGGUAACAGUGGCUGCUCCACUGAAGAGAUUUAUGAACUCCUGCGUCAGCAGUUUCCAGAUCUGAAGAAAUGGAUGGAGAGCAGGUUCCCUGGUGAUUCUUAUAAGAAAGCUCUGAACCUCGGGAGUGAGAAGUUUGGAAAGAUCCAACAGUCUUUCAGUGAAGUACAUAGACUUGAGAAGUUGCUCAAAAUGGGCAAAUCAGUCUGUAAAGUCCUUGUUUCUAAUGUUUCACAGGGAACAGGCUUUGUGCUGUUUGACAGGUUUAUCCUGACCAGUGCACACCUGUUUAAAGAGUGUGUCCAAGGAAAGAAACUGCUGGAUCACAUAGACGUCUAUGCUCUGUUUAACUAUGACGAACCUGAGCCAGAGACAAAUUACUUUCACUUCUCUGCUGAGAAAACAUUUAUUGACAUUGACGUUGAGCUGGAUUUUGCUGUACUUCAGUUGAAACCUGAUGGCAAAAAACCCAACUCCGAAUCCAAACCAGACAAUGUAAAAGUACCACCAGGGCUGCUGAACAGAUUCGGUCCACUUCCUGGUAGUGGGGAGGCCUGUCUUAUUGGACACCCUGCAGGAAGUGUGAAGAAAAUUGAUCCUACAUGCAUCAUUGAGCCAGAAAAGAGAGAAGAGGCUGUCAUGGAUAAUUUGGCUAAAUACAAAGACCAAAAGGUCGUCCUCGAAAAAGUGUAUGAACUGAAGAAGCAAGGCAUUGACGAUAUAAUGAUGUACGGAGAAAAAGCAGAAAAGGUGGCUGCUUACAACACUUUCAUGUAUCAUGGAGCUUCUGGCUCUCCAGUGUUUGAUGCUCAUGGCCAAAUUUUUGGGAUUCACACUGGAGGAUAUGGUGAUGGCGACCGCAUUAUUGAGUACGCCCAUCUUCUGCUCGCUAUAUUUGAAAAGUUUGUGAUUAAUCUGAAGGAAAGUGGAAAUGAUCAGAUGUUGGAGGAGGUUAAGAAUGAAGUGUCUAAGAACGACCACCUUAAAAAGAUCCUCCAGGUUGAGCCGAUGAAGGUAGAUGAGGCCAACUAGAAAUGCUGCAGUUCAGGUUAAAACGUUUCUGACUUACAUCUUUAACUUUCUCAAGAUUGAGAAAUUUAAUCAGACUAAUGUAUCAAUAUAUAUUUGCCAGACCUUCUAAAUUCCUGCAGUCACAGAAGAUAGUGAUUAGGCUGCCAGUCCAUUUCAGAGACAAAUAAAACAACCAUUUACACAUUCACAUCUGGGAUAUGAAGAUGUGACUCUUAUCCAAACUUGCAUUGUCAGAAAGAAAGCUAUGAACUUCUGUGUGGACAGACCAUCCAACUCCACUUAUAAAGGUCCAGUCAAGAUUUGAGUCCAGGACUUGGACAAAGUUAUUAGGCAUAUUUUCUUACCUCCUGGUCCACUAACAGAUUUUUCACAAGAAACAACAAAUCAGUUAAAGAUUACAUGCUCCUCCAUCAAUAAAUCAAUUGCCUACAGCCUUCUGUCCCUACAUCAUCUCUGAGGUGCCAAUCUACGCCGGUCAUUGGGCGAGAGGCGGUACACCAUGGACAGGUCUCUGUCCAGAUUAGAGACUUUUGUCCUCGUAUUUCUUGCCUUGAUGCACAACAGGGGCAAAUAAAAUUGGUUUAAUUGCCCCUGAACAAAAAGAAAAGUAACUGUCUAAACAUGAAUUCAUGUUCUGCAAACGUUCUGUUUGUCAUGCUGCUGCUGCCCAAUAAUUUCCCAAAUAUUAUACAGUACCAGUACAUUGUCUUCUGUUUCCUUUUGACUGCUGAAAGCCAUACCAAAGAUUAGAUCUGCAUCUGUCGUUUUGCUGGCCAAAAUUGAAUGGUUAUUUUUUUUCAUGGUAAUUUGAUCAAUAUAGUACUAGUUGAUUGAAUUGGGGUUAUUGGGGUUCAGGUUGCUGGUGCCAAUCUCCAGCAGUCAGUAGGUGAGAGGGUGUUAGUGGUGUUCUCUGUGCAUUAUUCUGUGGUUUUAUUGUUUUCCUUUGUUUAAUCAUCUCAUGUAAACAUUGUCUUCAUUCAUUCCUUAGUUGCAAUCAUUGCAUUGAACACAACCAGGUGAUGUUCCACACUAAUCUGCAUGUUUCAGACACACCUGAUGGAAGUGUUUCAAAUCUGAAAUAGAUUAUGUUCUCAGGGGUAUAAAUUACUUCAUUUAUUCCCAACUGGGUUGUAUUUUUCUUCAGUGAUUGAAUGAAAUGUAAUCAGCUUUCAUAUAUCUUCACUAUUGUUGCAGAGCUCAUGUAUUUCUGACUGUACUCCAAAGAUGAUAUCACUACAUUAUGGACUUAUUUGUUUUUCCAUAUUCAGAUCAUUGUAAACCCUUGUAACCCAUUGAUUUUUAUUUUCAUUGUUCAUUAUUUUUGGAUUUCCAUUUUACUGUUCUAUCAUUUGAAGGGAAAGCAUUUUCUCUUUUUCAACAAAUAAAUAUGAAACCUAUCAGAUUGCUGACGGCUUCUAAUCAAA